AUGGCUGUUGGAUCUUCCGCUCUUGCCCUUCAUGGAGGAUGGGGGUGCGUCCUGGGAAGUUUCUUUGUUCUGUUGCUCCUCAGCCUCCAGGACGCCGUUGUGCGAUCCGUUAUGGCAGGGGCUGGCGUAGCCGGUGCUGGAGUACGAGAUUCGCUAGGUGGGACCACGAAGACCAGAAAGCAGCAGGAAGAACAAGACGCGCGCCUGGGGUUCGAUGUGGAGUCACCAUACUACGACCUGUCCUACGCCUGCCCAAAGAUCUUUCCGUUCCCCCCCUGUCGGCUGGUGAUGGAGACGGUUGCGAACACCUGCAACCUGUUUUUCCACGCGACCAGGUGCAAAACCUGGUCGCAGGGCCUGGAGUUCGAGAUCGACCCGCAUGUGCGCGAAGUCCUCGCCUCCGUCCUUUUGCCGGACUGUCAGGAUCCCUGGCGCGAGACGUGCAUCACCAUUGACAUUGGCAGCAACGUGGGCAUGUUCACGAGCUUGGCGGCCUCGCUGGGAAGCAAGGUGCUCGCGUUUGAGCCGCAAAAGGCUCUCGCGGAAGCGCUUCGCCGUACUGCGAUUGUGAACGCCCCUCGGUGGGGACGGGACGCCGUCAAGGUUCUGGAAGGCUUCGCAAAUAUGUCGCCCUCUGCCGUUCUGGCACAGCUGGUCGAGAGGGAAAAAAAUGACGCAGCAGGAAAGCCUGUCGGUGUGGAGAUAAAGGACGAGAGUGAACAACUUCCAAUAGAGAUAGACCAGGAGGUAGAAAUGUCAAUGAGUGCGCUCCGGAUACAUGCGGAGAAAACGGCACACGUAAAUUCUACCACCGUGCCGAGCCUCGACUGGCGGGAGCGGCCUUUUCGGGCUGGGCACGAGUAUUGCGGACUCCGGGAGAACCAAUUCCUCUUCAUGAGCCGUGAGAAUCGACAUAGGACUGACGCGAAUGUGACCCAGAACUGGUAUCUGGACAGAUUAAUUUUUCCCAACGCGGCCGGUCAGGACGACGAGCGGCAGAAGACGAAGACUUCAGAAGCUACUUCUAGUGUUGAAGGAGAAGUACAGCGAUGGCUACGGCUUUCGCGACGAAUUGGAAUUUCGCAAGGUGGACCUACAGCAAAUCCUUCCAUCGCAGGCACAAGAACUACAGCUGAUAAAUUCAAAGAGCCCCUAACGCUGGCACUAGUUAAGAUUGAUACAGACAGUCCGAAGGACGCCGAGAUUUUGCGCGGCUUCCUAACGGCGGUUGAGCAAAAGCAGCUCGGAGUAAAGAACUUUCUCUUUGAGUGCGGCGACGUCAAGCCUGCAGACCUGAUGCGCUUGCAACGGAUGAAUUACACCCUGUUCCGACUAAAUGUGCACCUCGGGGUUCGCCUCCUCGACUCUGACGGCUGGGACAUAGCGCACGAUUACCAAAGAGGUAUCAUGAAAGGCAAAAGGACAACUGCACCAGGAGGUGCAGCUAGUAUAGCCGCAGCCACCGCUUUAGCUACCCCUCUAGCGUCCUCGGUGGAGCGGUCUGCGUCAGGGUCAGGAUCAAAUCGGGUUCUGGUCGACACAGCCGAUGCAGCGAUAUCAUCCGCCGGCAGCAGCGCGUCAGCCUCUUCAACGAUGUCUCGUCAACGUGCAAAUUCCGAGCCGACGCCCUCUACAACUUCAACGCUCUCCUCUCUUGUGCCCAACAGCAAUACGACACUCGGGUCUCUAGCGCCACAAGGCGCUCCCGCCAAGCAUCACGCUUUCUACGAAGGGCUGGAAAAGCUCUUCCCGAGGAUAACCGCCACCAGCUCAGGCUUUGCGGCGCCACGGAUAACAGAAGAGAACUCUCUUCUCCGCGAUAUCAUGCGCGAGUAUGAGGCGAGAUUUGAAAUCGAGGACUUCAGCACCGCGAGGCUCACGCAGGAUUUCGAGGAACUGCAAACGCAAAAAACCUACUUGGAAGAUCGGGCCGCGGAGGUGCAAGCCUACAUUGAGAUCCUGAAGACCCACCGGAGCGCGGAAAACGACUUCUACAGUGCCGAGAUCGCCCGCGCGAGCUACUUUCUGCAGGCUAAACUCUUCUACACUUACGCAAAGUGGGAGGCGGAAGAAGUGCACUUUACGUUUGGGGAAAAGAUCAAAGAGUUUGGCACCGAGGUGUUUCACCAGCGCCUGAUAAAAAACGCGAUCCGGCUGCACAAAAACCUCUCCGCGGAGAAAAUGGCAAAGGCGAAAUUCCCUUGGAAAACUUUUCACUCUGGGGUGCAGUUUCUGGCCACGCUAGAAGACAAAUUCGUUGAAACGCCGGUGCUGACCAAGGAACACAGCAUCUCGGACCUUGGCGAUUUCCAGCGAGCGGCCAAGCAUCCGGGAGUGCGCUUCGUGCAAGAUCUGUUCCGGCACCAGAGUUGCUGAAUUACUUGGAGGUGCUGGGGCCUGGUGGAGCUAGUAGAAGAACAAGAAGAAAAUGUCCCCGACCAUUCGCCUUCAUUCCAUAGGAAAGCUGACAUCCACAUCGACGCCACGUGGCGGCUGGGGGGCCUUGAUCCACUGAGAGUGUGUAAGUGGGUAGUUCUUGCUGGUCUGCUCUCAUGGUUGUAUUUUUUGGACGUUGUUUUUUACGUGGUGCAGCUACUGCUAUGUAAGGACUUGCAAUACCACCGCUCCCGUCCGCGUCGUCUGUGCUGGUGCAUAUAAUAUUCUCCCCGCAUGGAUGACCCAGUAGAAAAAGAAAGAACUGGCGUAUAAGCAUAAGAUGCUGUUGGAU